UGCAAACCAAAACACGAGAUUGUGAGUAAAAUUAUGUAGUAUUUAGUGCAAAGAAAAGGACAGUAGAAGAAAGCAGGCGUUGCAUGAUUUUUUAAAUGGGAAAUCUGUUGGGAAGCUGGCGUUUCAAGGAGCCGAGCACCGUUGAGGAAUGCGACUCGACGUGGGGGUCGGACUCAGAGAGCGACGAGCCGGCGGCUGAAGAUGACAGCGGCAUCUCCGACUCCAUCAGCCCGGCGGAGAGCGACCGGGCCACCGGAGAUACGUCCCCGCAGUUGACCGAAUCCCCGCAGUCUGUUCCGAAAAUGAAGAGGAGCUUCUACGCUGCCAGGGACCUCUACAAAUACCGGCAUAGCUACCCGAACUACAGAAAGCCUCGGCAACCCAACGAGUACCGUAACCUGCGCUUCUACCUGAACAAGAUCCCUCUAGUACCUGAUGGUAUCUAUAUAGAAGAGAUUCUGACUAAGUGGAGAGGUGACUAUGACAAACUGGAGCACAAUCACACCUACAUCCAGUGGCUGUUCCCAUUACGAGAACAAGGGCUCAACUUCUACGCACAUGAACUGACUCAGGAUGAGAUCAAAGAAUUCCAAAGCACUCGAGAAGCUAAGCGGAGAUUCUUGGUGGCAUACUCCCUGAUGCUGGACUUCUAUGGCAUCAAACUGCUGGAUAAGAGUGGAAAUGUUGCUCGGGCUCCCAACUGGCAGGAACGAUUCCAGCACCUCAAUGAGUCCCAGCACAACUACCUGCGGAUAACCCGCAUCCUGAAGUCCCUGGGCGAGCUCGGCUAUGAGGCUUUCAAGGCCCCGCUGGUUCGUCUUUUCCUGGAGGAGUCGCUGUGCCACAACACCCUUCCCAACAUGCAGCACAGUGUCCUGGAGUACUACGUCUACACCAUCCGCCUGCCGGCCACCCGCAGACGCCUGCUCCGCUACGCCCGUCAGCACUACAGGCCUGCCCACGCCUUCCUCUGGGGUCCACCACCUAAAAGGCGAGUGGGUGGUGUUGGAAGUAGUGUAGGUGCAGGAAGCAGUGGGAUCAGAGCUCCUGCUCCAACUCCAGAGCGACAGAGGAGGGGGGAGGAGAGCCCCACCUCUACCUCUCCAAAUAGUGGGAUUAUUGUGUCUUCCCAUGAUGCCAUGAUGUGCCAGGAUAUGGCUGGAGGAGGUCUGAAGGGCUACGCAGGAUUCGGUUCCAGUAUGGCUGGACUGGAGGGAGCACUGAUGAUUGUGGGAGCCAGAGGAGAGAGGAACGAGUACAGUGAGCUUGUUCCUUUGUAGGGAAUAGAGUAUGAUUGUUAUCAGAUCUUGAAGGCAGAAAACAAAAUGUCUGUUUUUAAACUUAAUCAGUUUAACUGUAAAGAAAAAACAAAAACAAUUGUUUAUGUCAGAACUUUAUUCUUAUCAGAGUUGUGAGGCCUCUGGAUGGCCCCAACACUUAGGGUCAAGACAACAGUAGAACACAUUCAAAGAAUCUGACAGAUGCAUCAGAACCAGUUCAGGUUAAGGGCUUACAAUACACAAAUAUAAUGUUACGUCUUUGCUGAUCAGUUUCACUGUAUUGAACAGGAAGUGGGGCUGGGCUAAUUGGGAAAGUGUGACGUCAUAUCCUGAGCCAAGCCAAACAAACUCGCCUUGGACCAAAUCCCAAAACCAUCUGAAACAGUAAAGACCCAAGGCUUUUCCUCAUCAGGGCUAUGAUUACGAAACAACUUAGACAGAAGAUUGCCUUAUUUAAUGAUUUGUUGUGGGACUGCAGCAGAGGCGAACAUUUUAGAACCAAAGGUGUCUGCUGAUUGGUAUGUUGGUCUUGAUGAUGGUUUUGGGAAGCAAAGUCCCGCCUAAUCAUCAAACUCGGUAGCUGGAGCUCCACUGAGCAAUAAGCUGGACUGACCUCACUUUCAACGGCCUUUCAGAAGUGAAAAUUAUAAUGUGAAGAGGGAGCUCAGGGAGAAGGAACACAAUAGAGAGUGAAAAGGACAGGGGAGGGCUAAUUUGUCAGAGCAAUACUUUGAAACAUAUCCUCUUAGAUUUUGUUGUUAAUAACAGUAGGCACAACUCAAUAUUUAACUGCUGUCCUGAAGUGAAAGGUAGCUCCUCCAUAUGACAAUUGUAUGUAAAUACUGAGCAAAAAGCAGGACUUGUUAGUGACUUGAUAUCUAUUUUAAACAGUUAAGAAUAGAGAGGUUUUUUUUAGUGACACAUCUGCUCUUCUGUAAACAAUCACUGGCACCAUGGAGGUCUGGAAGAGCAGCUAUGUGCAUGUGGGGGCUAAAUAUAGCAUAUUACAACAGCAGUGUCGAUAGAAAGAUCUGUUUCAUAGUAUAGGUUGGUGUGUUAGCCGUAGCCUCUUAUUGAAAACAACAGCAUUACUUUUAGCUGAGCCAGCAGGCUAAUUUAUCAGCAUUAAAAUGCUAACAUCUGCAGUUAGUGGUAGCAGAGACAGUGAAGAAAUGGCACGGAUCACGUAUCUGUGUCACGUGGGUCUCGCCCAAAGCCCUGCUUCUUCAGGGGACCAGCGGCAGGUCCAGAGUCUAUCAUUCCAAUGGGAGAAGUGAACAUGAGCACAGAUUACGACCGAUUCUUGCAACCCAUAGUCUCCAAAGUAAAUACUGGGCCCAUUUUUCACAAGCCACACAUGCUUCAAGCAUUCUGACAGUAAAAUGACCUUUUCCACAGAGACAAAUCAGGAGAAAAUGAAUUUUGUUUAAGACCUGUCUCUAUAUCAGCAACGCAUUGGACAUAUUAUAAAAAUAAAGCAGCAAGCAUUAAAAGUAAAUAUUACAUUUUUGAGUGUAUCUAGUGUGGUAUUAUUCUAUGUGUUAACUUUAAAAAUGUCCAAAGGGGAUAGGGAAAGAGGCGACCACGUUCACUUAGAAGACAGGAAGUGUAUACCAUUACAUACCAUUGGUGCAGCUGGUCAUGGAGGUGGUAGUUUGGCUAGAUACAUUUGCUGGUGCAAAUGAAGUUAUAUCAGCUAGUUAGCAUUAGCAGCAGUGGUUAACAAACUGCUAUGGCUGCCACUUGCAGCCUAAUCGUCAAAUUGACGUUCUGUGCAUUUCUAUGCUCCGCAGCCUCACUUAGCAACACGCCAAUAGGUGACUUUAGAUUUUUCAUUGUUUUAAUAUAACUGCUAUCAGUUGCAUGUUUAAAAGGCAGCAUUACCUUUAUCAACAGUUUUUCCAGCUGUGGUGUUGAAUCCAAAAUGCUUCCGCACAUUUUUUUCUCAGAUAUUUUUGCAUCAUUAUGAUUAUGAUACUAUUUUCCUCCAUUUUGUGUUAAAGUCAACAACAAUAGUUUAGUGAGCCUAUCAGGCCAAGCAAUAGAUCAGACUGCGUUUCACAAAUGCCUGCCUCUGGCGUACAUGACACAGCCUGUUGCUAAUGUGAAUACUGAAUUCUGACAGUAGGAUGGCAUCUGUACUGUGGUGACAUUGCUAACACUUUGACAUUUUGACAAAAUCAUUCAAGUGUAUUGAUGGUGAAUUGGUGAAAAACAGGACUGCUAUUAAAAACAACAGCAGAAAAACGUCCCAUAUGGCGGCCUGUUGUGUCAUUUCAGAUAUACAGAUAUAAAUAUAUAGAGUCUACAAAUGGUCAGGAGCAAGACUAAGUGUUCUCACGUUGUCUAACCUUGCAAUAACUUGACAGUAAUAACUUAUUUUCACCCAGGCUAUACACAGUAGGUGGUGAUACUGUUGACUUUUUCUGAAUACGACAGUUAAAGUUUCUCGGGGCAUGUGUGGGGAAAUGGCUGCUGAUAUUCAUGGCAGCUAUGGAGUACAUUGUUUAUUUACAUAGCAAAAAAAAGUUCUGCAAAAUUUAUAUUCCCCCCAGAGUUGCAGUCUAAUGAGGGUGCACGAGUAACCUAAUUAGCAUGUAAAAUACUACAGUAAUUUAACAGACUAAUUAUUUUGUAGGGUUAGCGGCUGCUCUAGAAAGUGAAGCAGGUUCUGCUGCAGAUUUUACACUCACCUCCGACAUAUUGUUAUGAAACAUAAUAUUAUCACCCUCAUUAUGUCAGCGAAGAGUGUGUGAAAGUGUGUAUUAGCCUGUCCAGUCAGCCAGUAAGGACUCGACAGGGCAGUUUUGUUUAUUCCAGGUGUCUUUUCAAACACAAACAUUUGAGUUCCUGGUUGCAAUAGAUCUGUGAAAUUAAAAGCCAUGUGAGUGUGAGACAGCAGCGAUGCAUACGUUCGGGAUUGAAACACUCUUUGCUGACUUUGUCAGCUGUUCUUUCUGUAGGUCAAGGCCUUGUUGAUCGUUAACUGACGAGGUCUCUACAUUGCUCCCCAGCCAAGUUUAUCUGAUAUAAUUGUAAAAAUAACCUUUCAGGUGAAUAGUGUGAUAACACGGGCUAGUAUCUGAUUUUUUUUGUAUACUGUAUGUGUACAUAUUAUGUGUGAGUGUGUGUAUCUGAUAUUCUUAAGUGCCUUUUUUGUAUUUUUUAUGUUUAUCUGUAUGCUGUAAGGAGUGUUUUUCCCAACUAAUUUCCAGUACAUCUUGUUUUUUGUACAGCACUUUGAUAUUUACAUUAUUGUUUUCAUUAUAGUCAUAUACAGUGCGAGUAUUCAUGUACGGUAGGAGCAGGAGAACAAUUUGGUAUAGAGGAAAUGUUACUAAUAUGUAAUACUUGAAAAUGUUUGUAUAUGGCCUAUUGAUUAUAAUGUGAUUGUUCUAUAGAGUACUCACUAUGCUUGCUGGAAACAGCAGUGUUUUCCCAGUGUUCUUUCAGCAUUAAGGGGCUACAAUAACUGGACAUUUGCCCUAAAAUGUGAAAUUUGCCACACUUGACUCAAAUAAAAAUGGGGAUGUGGAUUAAGAAUUUUA